GUUUGUUCUCUCUGAAAGUUAUUUGUUAGGUAUUGUGUCUUUUUCAGGUGUGUAAAGUUAGUUGAAGGAAAAUUGGACAUGACUUGGUUGCUUCCUCAGUGGCCAGUGCUGUAGUUUUGUAUCAAACAUGGCAGCUAACUGCCCGAUGCUUCAGACAGGGAGGGGACAGCACUAUCAGUGGCUUGCACAUGCUUGUGAGCUGGUGUCACAGCACAGACGCUCUUGCUGCCCUGGAGCUGCAGGACAGGCUCUCGUUUUCUGCAGGAUGCUUGUUUCCUUCUCAAUUGUUGUUCUUGGGUUGUGUUGCGGCGGCGGUGACAGCGAUGAAUUGUCGCUGGGCCGUCCAAAGCUUUUCGGCCCCUCAGAGGCUCUGGUCACAGAGAUCGAGAGCUUUAUCUGUGAAGUGCCAAUUCACCCUCAAAAUGAGUCCAUCCUUCUACGCUUAUUCAAGGAGGGGGACCGCACCAACGUGCUGGGGGAAUACACCUCUAUGAGGGGGGAGAUUGGUGUCAUUCCAAAAAAGAUCCAGCUGUCCCAUGAAGGUUACCUGGAGUGUGUGGCCAGCGUGCAGAACAACUCGGCCAUUAGUCCAACUGUCAGUCAAACCCACUACUUAAAGGUCAUUGAGCCAGUGAAGGGGGCACAGAUCACCCCCUCAGGUCCUGUGGAGCUCUUUGAAGGGGGUGAAGUGGAGCUGCAGUGCAGACUCAGUGCUGGUAAUCAUGUGUCCUUCAUGUGGCUGCGUGACGGACAGAUCAUCUCCUCCUCCCUCAUCCCUGCAGACGACAGCUUCGUGAUCAGCCGAGCGACCGUGAAGGACAGCGGUUCCUACACCUGUGUGGCUACCAACAGCUUCAACAACACAAAGGUCUUCAACACCAGCAGCCCUGAGCUCCAUGUCACAGUCAAAGCACGGGUGUCAAACCCCGACAUCUCUUUCACAGUGUUAAAGGAGAGUUACCAAAGUUAUUUUUGCGUGAUCUCCUGCCAGUCAAGCAAAGGAACUCCUCCGAUCAGGUUUUCACUCUUCAACGGCACAGAUCUAGUCAGCAAUGUGACCGUUCAGCAGAGACGCGCUACAUUUAAAGUUCCUGUGGUCCUGGACCAGCAUUUGGGAUUGUUCCAGUGCAGAGCAACCAACAGCAACCAGACUAGCAGCAGUCUCUGGAUGCCCUUAGAAAUCGUCCCAGUCGGUGGGCCUGUAACCAUGCGCUACAACUAUGACGUGGCAGAAAACUAUGAAGUCAUCUUCUUGAGGCUCUACUGCAAGCCAGACAGAGGUUCUCAUCCACGCUUCCAAUGGUAUCUCAACAAGUACCCCCUUCAUGACCGAGGAAGCUUCUACUAUGUGUUCAACCAACUGCCAGGACAGUCCAUCCUGGUGGUUUCUGUGGGGAAGGUCAGCGCAGGGAUCUACCACUGUGAAGUGUCUGACAGCUUUGACAACAGCACUGUCAUUAACAGCAGGAAGCGCUAUCUGGAUAGAAAAGUGUUGAACCAUAUUCCAGUUUUAGUGGCCGCUGUUGUGUUCGGGUCUUUUUCCGUCAUCGUCCUCCUGGUGUCUGCCUGCUGUGCGGCAGGCGUGGCUUUCAGAAGGAAGAGGAACAUAGAAACAUCUCUACUCGCCUUGGAGAUGGAGCAAAGGGCUACUGUCUGUGAGGAUGAGCUGGAACUUUCAAUAUACAGUGAGGAUGUGGUGACUGCUGAAGAGGCAGAAUUUGAUCAUGCAUCUGCAGAUUCUGUGGAUGAGUGGACUCAGUUUGAUGAGAAGAUGCUCGACGAGCUUUAAGAGGACAUAUUUGCUCAGCUGUGCAUGAAAGAACAUUCACUACGCCGGAUCUCUUUUUUCUUGUCUUUUUACCAUAAAUAUUUUUUUUUAUUUACUCGUACAUUAGUGUUGUGCCAAGCUGGGCACACAUCUUGUGAGUCUGCAAAACUGGCUUCAGUCACCUGUUAAAGUAACAUUUUUUCAUAAAGUAUCUUGUAAAAGAAGACGAAAAAGAAGAAAAGACUAAGGCAAAGCAUCAUUGACUGAUGUCUUUGCAUUAUUGUCACUCAUUUGUUUUAGAAAUAAUGCUUUUGUAUUUUUAUUUCUUAAACAAUGAAAUGCCUAACAAGUGAAA